UAUCAAGGUAAACAAUUGUAGCUGCACUAAGUCUGCGUUGUAGAAAAAUACUCGAUCUGAAGAUACGCAUUAUGAUUACGGAACUACACAAGAUCCUGUAGAAAUUUUAGCCGCUUUACUACAGUUCUCACUAGGUUAGUUUCACGACCUUUCCAAGCUCAUUGAUUAUACUUUUCCUAGUCUCUGUUUUACAAUUAGGAAGGACGCAACAUGGAGGUAGGAGGAUCCUCUCCGUCGUCGUCUUCGACGCGACAGCCGCGUCGUGUUCGGAAUUUGUUGGCUGCGUACUAUUCUAUGGACGAUGCCCCGGCGAGCGGGAAUGCUACACCGAACGGAGGCUUGGGUCUCAAUGAUGGUCCACUUGGAGCAGCGCGUGCAAAUGCUUUGAACGAUCAUAGGUCGGUUAAUACUGGAGCAAACGUUACUGGCAGUCUGUCGAUACAGCAACAGGAGUUUGACUCCCACAAGUUCAGUGCGGAGACGUGGUUCAAGACCUUACUUGCCAAUGAGGAGUACUCGAGCAUUCCAAGACUUGUAAGACUGUCGAACAACCUCGAUACGGAGAUCAAGACUCUGGACAGCGAACUGCAAACCCACGUCUACGAAAAUUACUCCAAGUUUAUACGGGCAACGGACGUAAUCCACGAAAUGUCAACGGUCAUACGCGAUCGUUUGGUGCCCAAAGACAUCGUCGCUCUCGAAGCCUCACUGCAGAAGGUCGAUCAGAAAGUCAACGGCAUUAUGUUGAGAGUGUGCAAAAAAAUAUUUUCAGACACUUGCUUAGUCUAGUUCGUUGCUCCAAUUCAGUCCAGGAUGACUUUAGUGGGGCUCUAGUGAAUCAAUUUUUUUGUGUUUUCGAAGGGAACAGGUAAAAAGAUGUCUGCAAAGAGUAGCGUCCCACCUCGCCCUUCAAAUGCCACAUCGCAACGAAGCUCUUGCCGGGGAGCGAGAAGAUUGCGAAGUUACUGGUACGACAGCAGAAGCUCGAAAAGGUGCGGGGAUUGGUACGCGUCCCCGCAGUCCUCCGAGAGUGUCUCGAGAAGCGGGAGUAUGGUCGUGCCGCGGAGGUUUACUGCAAGAGUAUUGUCGCGAUCAGGCAAAGACCCGAAACGUUCAAACAUGCGCUAGUCGAGAUCGAUAAGGUGAUGCAUGAGCUCAAAGGAGCGUUGGAAAAGCGACUUCAGGAUCACCGCGCAGAAGAAGCUCUUUCGGUAACAUUUUCGGGAGUUAUUUCUGGGUAUCGUUUUUCGAUAAUUGGCUCUCUACUUUGCAGCAGGUAGUUGCGUUCUAGCUGAGUACUUUUCUGAUAAAUCACAGGUAGAAAAAACUGAAAACCAUCAUGGUCUGUUUUCAAAAUUGCAAUCAGACCAAAGAAGCCGUGCACAGUUCGCAGACGCUGCUCGAAUUAGGCUCCGAUCGGGACCAGACUGCCAGUAUAUUCCUCACUGGGCGCGGCAUUGCUCUAGACAGCUGUCUUGACGCCUGCGUGCGAGAGUCUAGCGACAAGCACGAUGAGCACGCUCUCCAGCGCGUCACGACGCUGCUGGUUGAGAAAUAUGCCGCGCUAUUGAGACAGAUCGUUGAGGGUUAUCUUCUUCUCAGCGCCCAGACAGCAGAACGACAAGAAACGUUACGGGCAUUCGUGCUGAAGCGACUGCAGAGAGUGAGCGAAACCGUUGUGCGCUUUGUCUCAGAAACCGCAGCCUCGCCGUCCGCUGUCCGGAGUUGCUUACAGGACCUCGGGCGAAGUUUUGCAUUCUUGGCUACUGAAGAUACAGACAAUGUACGACGCCAAACUUUUGGUUCUUUGGUGUCAAAUGCAGCAUUGCUAUCAGCCGCGAAGACUUUCGAGUCGGUACAAGACACGAUGGUGUCGCAACUCAAAGAACUGCAUGUAGCGUUGCAAGCGCCGGGUCUUUCACAUGCAGACGCGCUGACUAAAAUAGGUACUUCUUGAUGGAAAAUUCGUUUAUCUUCUUGGGGGAGUCUGCCGGCACGCGCAGGUUCAUCUGAAGUAAGAUCACGACUGUCCUUGAUCUUUUUUUUGUUCGAUUGAAUGAUCGAUUGUAUAGGGGUUCUCUCCGCCCCGAAUCCGUCCCUUGAGAAUUUGUAGUGGAAAUCCAAUAACAUUCACUGGCUUAUUGUUCAUUCUCGUCCACCGACCUAGACCUAGUCUAUCCUCUUUGAUCAGGUUCCGCGGAGCACGCAAUGCUUCUCCAGGGGUGUCUGUGCUUGACCGAUUGCCAGCCUCUAGCGGAUCUGGUGUCGGAGCACGCGGCCCCAUCCGAUAAGCUGCUACAGUCACUUGUGAAAAACGUCCAGGACUUUUUUUUGGCUUACCUGGAGACAUGCAAUUAUGAUCACCUAAUUUUCAUCUCUUUCAGCAUCUCGGUACCCUUUCCACUCAGAAUACAAGCCAAAUAGUGCCGAGAUGAAUGGACCAAGAUGAAUGAAUAAAGCACUCGCUAAUGCAAGCUAGUUUGCAAAGACAAGGGGGAACGCGCGGCAAGCGAUGUAGCAGCACUCAUGGUACUUGCUCUUGGUCUUGAGUGAGAAUGCUUUAUUUGAUUGGGAUGACGUUUCUUGUUUUAAAUAGUGAUGUCGUUUCCAUCCAACAUCUACUCAACGAUCUGCAUGAUCUUCAUCAGCCAAAGAACGUGCUUGCCAUUCGAGCGCUUGCGUGGAGUCCAAAGUUUGCUCUCGCUCUAGUCCGCAUCGGUCGCCAUCUCGAGACGCGUGGAGUCGCAAAGCUGUGGAGUGUUGGUUCCGACCUGUGUGGCGGAGAAUUCGCGGAGGAUGGCGGUGAAAAAAUGCUUCAAGCACUGUCAUCGAAUUGUCGGCAGGUUGCAGCUGAAACUCUAGCACGCGUAGUUGAGGCCGAAGGGGCACGUCUGGCGCAUACGCUACGCCACUACAUCUACCAAAUGGAUUGGGACGCCGCGCCAAAAGAUGAGGUUUUUGCGCUUCUUGAGUUGGCUGGAGAGGAGUCCACAAUUAGCCUGAAUUUUGCAUCGAACUCAUAUAGAAAUGUAGUACAAAUGUGCAAGGUGAUCAUGUAGUUCUCAAAUUUAGAACCCGUAAAAAACCGUAAACCAUCAAAUACAUAGAAAGAUGCGUUGGAAAUUGUGAAAUUCUUUGACAGCAUUCUAUUUACUUUGUGCACGCACCACCAGGGAUCGAGUCCAGAGCCUUCGGGACCUCAGCCGACUAUACGUCAAUUAGUUGCGCGUCUCAAGGUUUUCGAGGACGAGGUCGCGACCAUCCUCGGCGAUCCGAAGAAGAAUACGGGAGACCCAGCGAGGUCUCUGAGAGGCAUGUAUAACACGCAAGGCCGUGGUGGAGGCGGACGCAGCUUUGUGUAUGAACAUUGCAUUACAAUUUAUCGAAUGAUCAAAUGAUCUAUUCUUUUCAUCCGUGUUGAUCUCUGUACUGCAUAGGCGGCAGCCUCGUCAUUAGAUUUCGGUCUUUUGGGACGAUAUAUUUGACCCAUUCGGUCCUGCUUGUUGUCUUUACCCACGUAGAAGUUGUCAACUUUCGUGAAAAUCUCAUACCGGCGGACUGCUUCCCGAUGCUGGCGAGGUAGAUGUGGAGAGCAUGCUUGCCCGGUCGACGCAGAUCUACGGCGCAGUCCUGUUUAACCGUGCGGCAGUGAUGAGUGGCGUCGUAAAGAUUGUCCUGCGUGGUUUUUCGGAAUAUGUCCGUCAGAUUCCAGUUUUGCGCGAUCUAACUGCAGCUCGUGCGCUCUUCGUUGACGUUCAUUUUCUAGUGGCAGAGGUGCUCCUGUUCGUACCAGCUGAAGACCAGAGUCUGGUUGAGGCCAUGGGGAGAGAGCUGACAGUCUCAGCGCUAGGACGGUGUCCAGCUGGCACUAAUUUCGACAAAAUCUUACCGGAUCCACAGGGCUUUGAUAAAAUGCUUAGGGUACAAGAAUGAAAAACGGUUUUCCAUCAUUUCGUGGUCAAGAAGUAUUGAAAGUUACAUCCAUACAACAGCUUGUGUUACAAUUCGGAAUUUUUUGCGGUCUUCCCCGCACGUCACAUUCUAUAUACUACUGCCGCGACGCAACAGCGAGUACGACGAAAACUAAGCCAUUGAGG